AUGUCAAACGAUAUUAAAAGUUUAGAUGGCUACUUUCAUCAGUGUUACCGACCGGAUUAUAGUUUAGCCAUAUUGAAGCACAAUUGUCGCAUCAGUAUUUUCGGUGUAUUUGAUAUUCAGAUACUCUUUGGUAAAGUAGUAUCACGUGGUUAUGAGUUUGAACCUGGUGCUUAUGCAGAAGAACGGUUUAUCAAAAUUGCAGCACCGUAUUCGAUUGGUCCUCCAGCGCAAUUUGUUUCAUUUCAAGAUAAUCUUUUCAAUCUGCAUCGUGUGAAAUGGCGACUGAAAGAGCUAACAAAUGCAGUGGAUUCGAUAUUGAAAGAAUUCGAAAAUGGUGAUAGUGUGCUGCUUUUUCGGUUUAAUUUUUCAAAGAUUUGUGCUUGUCUUCGUGAACUUCAUGGUCAGAUUUUUUUCCUGCCAUCGAACUACAAUGAAUGUUAUUCAGUGGGACCGCUAUGUAGUGCACUUCAAAUAAGAUAUCCACCUCUUUAUAGUGGUAGAACUGCUGAAAGCAUUUCUCAAUUGAUGGAACAAAUCUUAAAUGAAUCGCAAAAAGGAAAAAGAAAUAUAACAAUGGUUAUAGGAAAUAAAAACACAGGAAAAUCGAUGCUUACUCGAGUAUUAGCUAAUUCAGUUCUUGGAAAGGGACGAUCGCCUCCGUAUAUUCUGGACUGUGAUGUUGGACAACCAGAAAUGAAUCCACCAGGAAGUAUUUCAUUAUUAAAGGUCACCUCACCACUUUUAGGUGCUCCACCAUUUCAACAACGAAUCCUUCUGUCUGAUACUUAUUUUUACGGAAAGAUUUGUGUAAACGAUGAUUCAAGUUCAUAUUUGGUGAUUCUUCGGAAAUUGUUGGAUUGUUUUUUGAAUGAUAGCCUUUCAUCAUCUCCGCUUUUCAUUAAUACUUGUGGAUGGGUUGAAGGGAAAGGUGCUUCACUUUUGGAUGAAAUGUUAGAAUUGUUUGAUCCCGAUUUUGUGUUCACGUUCGUUGAUUCAACAGGAUCCAAUUACAUGGUAAAGCAAUCUGUUAUGAAUGGAAAUGCAAAACCACUUGUAUUUUAUGGCGAUGCUAUAGAAAAACCCAUGCAUAUGAUCUACUCUUCUUCUGUUUUACGAAGUCUUCGAAUAACAGCAUAUAUGGCAGAAUUAUGUCCUAUUCCAACGUUGAAAUCGUUUGCCGAUGCAGCUCCUUCCGCGAUAUUAUUCCGCGAUGUAGCAGUACUGAUACAUACAAACGAACCAUUCCCUUCAAAUCAUAUAUUUGCCGUUUUGAAUUGUACUUUUGUCGCUCUUUGUGUCCAUAAUUCUAUUAAUCAUUCGGAAGAGGAUAAAAGAUUGUUCGAUGAUCAAGAUAUGCCGAUUUUGUUAAAUCCAGAUAAGAUAGAUGCAUUACGCGUCGUUGGUUAUGGAUUUAUCAGGGCAAUUGAUCUGGAGGAGCGCAUGUUUUUCAUUUCAACACCUCUUGAAUUUUCAGAUCUUCAAGAAGUUAAUGUCUUAGCUCGUGGUUUAAAUAUUGAUCUUCCACAGCAUUUUCUUAUUUCACAGGGUAGAUCUGCGAUACCAUAUGUUGUUCGAGAACGUUCUUCUUCGUUCCACACCGAAUUAUUCAAGGAGUUAAAGAUAAAAUCAGCCUUCCACAGAAAAAGAUUUUUGAGGAUGCAAUCUCAGUUUAUGGUGAAGAAACCGAUGUACAGACCUGUGCAUCGUUUAGUCAAUGUCUAA